AUGACGAAAAGCCAGGACGAAACAAUCAAUAAAUUCAUAAUUCUUCUUGAUAAAUUAAACACACAUGAGAUUUUCGUUGAUGACGAAACUAAUCAUUCAAAGGUUGGACAAUUAAAGCGUCGCCUACAGGACGUUGAACAAUUAAAAUCGGAAAUGGAAAAUAUCAGUUUGCACUAUGGUGCCAAUUCUAUAAUAAUAACUUCAGAAGAUGAAAACGAGUCUGAUGAACGGGUCGAAUAUAAGUUUAGGGAUGUACUGAAUCGAAUAUUUGAGGUGCUUGGCGUAUAUGAUGAUUUGGUGACAAAGGCCUCAUCUCAGUUAUCUAGUAGUUCAUCAACCACAUCUCAUUCAAAUCAAAAUCUUAACGUAAAAUUGCCAACUAUUGAAUUACCUAAGUUCAAUGGGGAUUAUACCGAAUGGGCAUCAUUUUUUGAUACUUUUUCUAGUUUAGUUGGCAGUAAUGAGUCAUUAUCCAACUCUCAAAAAUUACAUUAUUUAAAAUCAUGCUUGGAAGAUGAACCCAAGAAAACUCUGGAGUCGCUAAAAGCGGACAACACAAAUUAUGCAAUUGCGGUUAAAUUAUUGAAAGACAGAUACGAAAACAAGCGCUUCAUCAUUAACAAUCAUUUAAAAAAUAUCUUCAGUUUGCCUUUUGUUAAUAAAUCGGACUGUAAAUCCUUGCGGGACUUUUUAGAUACACUAAGUAUUAAUUUAAAUACCCUGAAAGCGUUGGAUCGCCCUGUCGAUCAAUGGAGCGAUCUUAUCAUUUACAUUGUAGUUUCAAAAUUGGACCAUUUUUCUAGUUCCACAUGGGAAGAGUCACUUGAACCCAAUAACAUUCCGUCCCAUACAGAUUUAAUUUCAUUUUUAGAAAGGCGAUGCAAAACCUUAGAAUCGAUAAGCAUCCAUAAAAAUAAUAAAGAAACAAAAUCUCUCCCUCCUCAAAAAUGUAACAUUAAUACGCCGCUUAGAAAACGUGUGUUCCAUACUUCAUAUUAUAAGGCUCAAAGUAACAAAAAGUUAGCUUCAUGUUUUAUAUGCGAAAAAAAUCAUAAUAUUUUUAAUUGUGCUGAUUUUUUAAAGUUAACCCCCCAGGAAAGACUGCAACACAUAAAAUCAUUGAAUCGUUGCAGUAAUUGUUUUAGACAAAACCAUUUUACGAAAGAUUGCACUAUAUUUGGCUGCAAACAGUGCAACAAAAAACAUCACACUCUUUUACAUAUUGAUGUAAAGGCUAGUUCCAAUGCGAUUACUGAUCAAUUAGUUAAUGAUAUCACGGAUCCUGGAGAGGGGACAUCUCAUUGUAAUUUAGCGGUCUCAAACAACAUACUUUUAUCAACAGCAGUAAUAUUGGUUAAGGGUCCCACAGGUAAAAUAAAAGAAUGUCGCGCAUUAUUAGACAUUGGGAGUCAAUCUCACUUCAUAACGGAAAAUUUAUGUAAACAGUUGAAUUUGAAAAUUCAAAAUUCAAAUGUGUCGAUCCUAGGAAUAAAUAGUCAAUCAAGAUUGACUAAGUCUGCUGAAGUUGAGAUCAGAAGUAGAUCAACUGAUUUUAUGUACAAUAUUAAAUGUUUGGUUAUUCCCAAAAUUACCGAAAACUUGCCUUCUUAUACGUUCGAUAUAAAUACUAUCCAUUUACCCAAUAAUUUAGACUUAGCGGAUCCGACUUUUAAUGUUUCAUCUCCCGUGGAUAUAUUAAUUGGGGCCGAAUUAUUUUUAAACCUGCUUACUUCCGGAAAUAUAAAACUCGGUAAAAAUCAGCCUGUUCUACAAAAUAGUGUCUUGGGAUGGAUUAUCUCAGGUAAAAUUCCGAAUUUUAAUAAUAAACCCUUGCACUGCUACAAAAUAAGUUUGGAAUCAGCUGUUACCAGGUUUUGGGAAAUAGAGAACGUUGAACCCCAGGUAAUUGUCCCUUCUAUCAAUAAACAUUCUUCCAAAGACCUUUGCGAAGCCCACUUUUAUGACACUACCAGCCGAUCUAAAGACGGUCGCUUUGUUGUACGACUUCCGUUUGUCGGACAAAUUCCAAAAUUGGGAAAUUCCCGUGAUGUAGCCAUGAAACGGUUGUUGUCUCUUGAACGGAAACUCUCCCGCGACCAUAAAUUAAGAGCGGGUUAUUUGGCCUUUAUGCGCGAGUACUUGGAAUUAGGUCACAUGGAGCCAGUACCUGCCGACGUUUCGAAACAUUCUUAUUACCUGCCCCAUAGUGGGGUCAUAAAUGAAAAUAGUUCUUCAACCAGACUACGCGUUGUUUUUGACGGAUCGGCAAAAAGCUCAAACAAUCUUAGUUUAAACGACAAUUUAUUAGCAGGACCCGUUUUGCAGCCUGAUCUUCUUACGAUCAUUAUUCAAUUUAGACUGCCUCAAUUCGUAAUAACUGCGGACAUAUCCAAGAUGUACAGGUGCAUUUGGGUGCAUCCUGAUGACCGUGUAUUUCAACAAAUCUUAUGGCGAGAAUCUCCCGAUUUACCCGUAAAUACAUACCAACUUAAAACCAUCACUUACGGCCUGACUUCCUCUUCUUACCAAGCCAUUAAAUGUGUCCAACAAUUGGGCGCAGAUCUAAAGGAUAAUUAUCCAUUAGCACACGACGUCAUCAUGAAGUGUUUUUAUGUGGACGACACAUUGUUUGGCGCAAAUACCAUACCCGAAUUAGCGCGGAUUAAGGACGAAUUAAAGACAGUUCUCGGGAAGGGGGAAUUUUCUCUAAGUAAGUGGUCAUCUAAUUGUGCUGAUGUGUUAAGAGAUGAGCUUACUUCCAAUGAGUGCAUAAUAACGGACAAACAGCUUGAAAAGAAAACUCUGGGUAUUCGCUGGGACAACGAAUCUGAUAAUCUUUCAUACACACAUUUUAACUUUGUUAACGUCAAGCCCACCAAACGUACUAUACUUAGCGCCAUUGCUCAAUUAUUCGACCCCCUCGGUUUAGUUAAUCCUGUGGUAACAAUGGCAAAAAUAAUAAUGCAACGGUUGUGGUCGUUGAAAAUUAACUGGGAUGACGAAAUUCCUGAUAAUCUUAAAAAAGCAUGGACUUCCUUCUUACGCGGCUUGCCUUAUCUAAAUAAACUUCAGUUUCCUAGAACAGUAAUUUGUCGUGACGCUAUCAAAAUAGAAAUCCAUGGAUUCUGCGAUAGUUCUGAACAGGCUUACGGUGCAGCAAUCUUUGUUAGGUCCAUUGAUUCCCAAUUAAAUAUACACGUCAAUUUGUUAUGCGCCAAAUCUCGCGUGGCGCCAUUAAAAACCAUCUCUUUGCCCAGACUUGAAUUAUGUGGUGCGCUUUUGUUAGCUCAAUUGCUUGUAAAGGUCACUAAAACGAUUAACAUUUUACCUGAGCAGUGUUUCUGUUGGACGGAUUCUCAGAUCGUUUUAUCGUGGUUAGCAGCUGAUCCAGGUAAUUGGAAAACCUUUGUCGCUAAUCGCGUUUCUGAAAUACAGCAGUUAACUAAUAAUUGUCACUGGAACCAUGUGAAAAGCAGCGAGAACCCGGCCGACAUAAUAACUCGUGGUGCCUCUCCUAGGGAAUUAUCGACAAAUACACUGUGGUUUAAUGGUCCAGCUUGGCUGCAUAAAAUGGAAAUUCCGAUUGUUAAUGCCUCUAAUGUAGACAAGUGCGACUCCUCUGGCGAAGGUUUACUGUUAGAAAAACGCUUUGUUUCAACUGCAGUGCAUCUACAAACCAAUUCUUUUAAAAAUGUUAUCUUUGACCUAUACUCAACCUUUGGCAAAUUAAAAGUUGCAAUUGCGUGUUGGCUGCGCGUUAUGAAAAACCUACGGAAUAGGGUCAAAAAACAACCGGAAAUCAGGGGCAGUUUAACAACGAAUGAAUUGAAACAUUCGGAAAUUACGAUAAUCCGAUUAGUUCAAAAGGAGGCAUUCUCCUCCGAAAUUCAUCAGUUGUCUCACAGUAAAAAACUUGGGUGGGGGGUAGACUAA